AUGCCACAGAUCUUUCAAGUGUUAAGAUGCUAUAGGUGCUCAGUUUUUCAGGUUCAUCAAACAAGAAAGGACAAUAAAUGGGUGUGUAAAAUUUGUGGAGAGAAACAAUCCGUUAAAAGACACUAUGGCAUAGGAACGAGUAGAGACUGCAGGACACAUGUUCAGGAACUAAAUAAAUUGAGAGGAGAUCAAGAGCAAACAUCAGUAAACACAGUUGAUUCUGAGGAUAGUGAAUAUGAUGAAAGUAUUAAUAAUACUAACCCUAACAUUGAUGAUAGAAAAGCUUUAGUUAAGAUCAAUAAGGAAAGUAAAUGGUCAGCUUAUAUAGACGAACCAGAACAACAAUUUGAAACCAGUGAACCGGAAUACAUUUAUAAUAAAGAAAUCAUUCUUGAAAUACCACGGAAACGAAAGUUGAAUAGAAAGGCACAAAAAAUAAAGCAAUUUCGAAAAUCUAUUGAUAAUAAUAAAGAAAAUAGUACAAGUGAUAUACAAAAUCACAUAGAAAAUGAAUUAGACUUUAUAGAAUCGUCUACUUCAAAUAUUAUUACUUUGUCUACUACCAAUAUAGGAAAUUUUAGCCCAGAAAUAAUAGAUGAGUGUCACAAAACAAAAUUAAAUUCACAGGUGGUUACUACAAGCACAAAAACAGAAAAUGAAAUAACAAAUUUCUUACUAAAUAAAGUUAAUAAAGAUUCGAAAUGGGCACAAUAUGUUGACACUGAAGGUAUAAAUGAAAGUUUUGAUGGAGCAACAGAAAAAAACUGCACUAAACAACCUUUAUUUUCACUGUGUGAUGAUAGUGAAAUAGAUACAAUAUUAGACCUGUAA